AACGGUCGGUUACAUUUUGAAGUUACGCCGUCGGAUUUGAGCGGUUUCGGGGUGCGUUUGGUGAUUGUGUUGUCUAUUCUUCACAGCUGCAACGCUGUAGCAAUUGAGGAACCGUGGUUUGUUUUAUUGUGUUGCAAAGUCUGAACGCACGAAAUUCCAUUCCAGAUUACAAUUGAGGAACCGUUGUGUGUUUUAUAUUGUUGCAAAGUCUGAACGCACGAAAUUCCAUCCCCGAUUGCUUGUGUAUUCUUUCGCCGAAGAAACCGAACCGUCCAAACACGAACGAUACAUUUGGUUGAAGCAAACUUCGCGACCACGGCAAACGGAGCAACAUGGAUGAACUGUUGGAAAUGUUCAACACCUUCAUAGGUGAAGCAUUUGACCGGGAAAGGGCGAUGGACGUUGAAUUCACGGAGUUUGAGAAGAAACUGAACGAAUGCGUUACGCUUGCUAACGAGCGGGGUACGCCGGUCCAGAACAAGAAGCGUCCCAAGCGACAGGACUCUAUCUCGGAAAACGAUGAACCAGGCACGGGUAGCGGUAAUAACAAUCGCCGGCCUGCAUCCGGAUGCGAGCCGGGUGACACGAGUCAGGCCGUUCGACCAUCGAGAACGGCUCGCCUGAAGGCACAGGAGAAGCUAAAAGAGCCGACACUUAACGUCAAACUCCGUAACGAUGGUGGAACGGCAGUGAACAUCAAGCUUGAGCGCAGCUCCUCCGUCGCGAACAGCACCCUGAUCCGGGGAGGAAAUAACGCCAGCACGGUGAAGGAGAAAGCCACGCCAGAGCCAUCCGACGUAGACAUGGAAACGGAGAAUGAUGCAAACCGGGCCAACAGAAUCGUCGCACCUGUAGCAAACGACAGCAAGCGCAACGAUGAAGGAUUCUCGAGUGCGUCCGAAGCGUCCAAACAGCAGCAGGAGGAGGAAAACCCGUCCGCUACACGGGAAAUGUCACUAAUGGUCAUUGCACCGGUAGUUCCGAAAGUGGAGAUCGUUUCCGACGAGGAGAUGCCUCCACCGACUAUGCCACCACCGAAGGUGCCCGCUCCUAAGGUGCGCACGAAGAAGAAGGCUCCUGCGGCUUCAGCUGUUGGUAAAAGUGGAAAGGAAAAGGAAGCGAGCAAUGAUACAGCCUCCAGUUCCGCCGUGUCGUCAGCCGAAUCAACGAUGAACAGUACGAGCAGUUCUGUUAGCAGCAGCGCUAGCAGUACCAGUGGCCGCCCAGUUCGCACGAAAUCAAAGAUGGCAGCGAAGCAGGCCGAUGCGGUGGUGGAAACGAUGACAACCGUUACGAAGGUAGCGAACGUGGUGAUCGAACCGAUUCGCAUUAAAACGGAAAAACUUUCGAUCGUCCAGCAGCAGCAGCAGCAGCCAACCAGGACGUCCGCAAAGUCUACGUACGAGGAGGCACAGGAGCGCCAAACUCAAGCGCAGAUGGAACGGUCGCAGCUCGAGAAGCAAAUGCGCCCGUUAAAGAUUGCGCUGGAACGGAUGCCGUUGCAAGUAGCGUCCAAUGAUAAUCCGUCCGCGAACGGACAAUUUGACUUGAAUGGAACGUACACGACACAGCCCACGGCUUCGGACGGAACGUUCGUUGUACCGGCGUCGGUGCAGGAUGGCACAUUUACGAUAAGUUCGCCCAUGGACAACGAACCAGCUGCUGCUGCUGCUGCACCACAGUGCAACGAAACGUUCAACAUUCCCACGACGAAUGGAACACCAACUGGGUCCGACCCGACGGCCCAGCGAGCGGACGAAACGUUCGUGAUCGACCGGGACGGUUCGUCCAAUGGACAGCAGCAACGGUCGAACGGUGGUGAUCGGGAUGCAAUGAUGGCGGCCAAUGCAAGCAUAAUGACCGAGGAUGAGUCGGUGGUGGAAAAUUCACCCGCACAGAUGCCCAAACUGCCCGAACAGAACGCGAAGGUCAAGUCGUCGGCCGUCGGUCAAAAAGCUGCACCACCGGUGACGGGUCCCAAACCGAAGCAUCUUACCACCCUGAAGAAGUGUGCUAGCAGCGGGACGGUAGCACCACCGACCGGUAACACGAAGCCGGCGGCAGAGGCGAAGAAACAGAAGGAACUGUUCAAUCCGUGCGUGAUGAGUCCGAUCAAGAGCCGCAUUGAAGCGUUCGAAAAGUGUGCUACCACAUCAGCGAAGACCGGUACACCGCAGGCCCAGAUCGGCCGUAUCCUGAAGACGGUCAGCACACCGACAAUGCACGGUAUCGAUACGCACGGGAUGGUUCGGUCAGCCCACGCUAAACCGCUUGCCGCUUCCGCCGCCUACACGCCGAACGCUGCCACGAUACCGCUGCCGAAAGCAUCGUCCGCCUCGAAGGCCGUUCAGAUGCAGAGCAGAGCCGUCCAUCAUCAUACGACGACGACGACGAGCGCCAGUGGAGGAGGUACCGCUCAAGUCACACGAAGCCAAUCGCGUGACUCUAGCUGGGACCGUGCUGGGGGUGGCGGAGGUGGCGGCGGUAGCAGUGGAACAUUGUCCGCCGCCUCGUCCACCUCGUCGCUGCUGGACGAGAAGAAGAAAAAGCGCGAAGAGAAGCAACGGUUGGCAGCGGCCCAACGGGAAGCGAUGGAGCGGGAGAAGCGGGAACACGCGGAGCGGUUGGUGCGCGAAAAGGAGGAGAAAUAUCGCAAGCUGGUGCACGAGAAGCAGGAAAAGUUGCGUAUCGAUGCGCAGAAGAAAGCACGCAAGCUGGAGGAGUUUGAGAAGCGGCGCCAGCUGGAAGAGCAGAAGACACUCGCUGACCAGAAGCGCGACGAGCUGGCCAAACAGAUGGCCGAACAGCAAAGAAUUGACCGAGAGCUGCUGGAAACGCUGAAGCAAAGUCAGGCCAAGGAGAACCACGAAGUCAAGCUGCACAAGCAGCUGUACCAGCAGAAGUUGCGCCAGCAGCAGCAGCACCAGCAGCAGCAGCACCAGCAGCAGGCAGCGAAGAAGAAAUUGGCCACCACCGCAAAGGCGCCGAUGUUUACGUUCGACAUGAUCGACACGGACGAUUCCACCGAUGAGGAGAUGGCCGAAGAGCCGAGCGCCGAAGCCCGCAAGAAAAAGCGCCCACCACUGCCGGAAUGGUGCAAGAAGACAGCCGAAUACCGGAAGCAAAUCACGUUGCAGGCUCAAAUCGACACCAAGGUAAUCGAUCGGCUGUUCUCGGUGCAACCGAUGACGCCCGACCUGCGCAUACUGUUCCCCUCGAUCGACGCACACAAGCUGAAGCGCAACUCGAGUGCAAUUUGGCGCACCCCGCCACGCAUCUCGCAGCUUCCAUGAGCGGCGCGCGGGUGGGGAAAAGCCGGAAUGGCGCUAGAUAAAUGUGUGUGUGUGUGCGUGGUUUUAGUGUAUGAUUGGUUACAUUGUCUCGCGGUUAAUUUACGUUUUUUUUGUACUUCGAUUUUAAUAUACGUUAGGUAGGUUAUAAGUUUUCCUUCUUUUUUUUUGCUUACUUCUCACCCAUUAAACGCUCGUGUGCGUACGAUUAUUGCGCGGUAGUAUGUGUGCUCGUACGACGUGCCAGCAAUGAUCCGGUGAGUGAAGCACGCACACGCCCACGGUGGAGAUGAUGAUAGCUCGCACAUCAAAUCACCACUGGGAGGGAGGGAUAAAUUUGAGCUUCCAAAAGAAUGAUUGCAAACAAAGAACACGAGAACAGUUAUAUCGCUCAUAUAUACAUAUAAUGCUCAUGGACA